UGAAACGAAGAAAAGAGUAAGAAAAAACUCUCGCUCGCACAGAAACCUUGCUUUCACUGUAACCGGGACCAGAGUAAAGUCGUUAAAGUGCAUCCCGGACUGACCUCAUGAUGGAGGCGGACAGUUGUUUAUCUUUCUCUUCGCAGCCAAACCGGACAGCACUGAAUAACUCUCCCGGUUUGGAUCAGAAUAGUUCUGGAGGUUCGUUCCUUCCCUGCGAUGAACUACAGAAAAGUACACAUAUUCCUCUCGCUCACCGUCUGAGUCUCCGGGAUCAGGGUGACUUCUACAGCUCAAGCUCCAUGGGACGGUUUAACGACGGCGCGCCCGCGGACUUUACGCACGGGGCAGCCUCCACGAAUCCUCGCGCCUUGCCCAACAAACACAGCAAAUACAUGGAAAAUAUUAAUCAGGACCAAAAGGUUUUAUCAGUAAGCGGGAAGGGCUCGUUUUAUGACAAUUACUCGGAGGCCAGAGAGAAGGCGGGUCCCAAGCCCAUGGGCUAUCCCGUGAUUGGCUCAGACUGCUGCAUCAAGCUGAAGGAGCCAACCAACGGUCUCCAACCAGGGGACUCCAUAGCAGACUCCAUCGACCUAUCGGGCAAGAACAAGAAACGUCGUAACCGCACCACGUUCAGUACCUUCCAGUUGGAGGAGCUGGAGAAAGUGUUUCAGAAGACUCACUACCCUGAUGUUUAUGCCCGGGAACAGCUGGCCCUCAGGACCGAACUCACAGAGGCCCGUGUACAGGUGUGGUUCCAGAACCGCCGGGCCAAGUGGAGGAAGAGGGAACGCUACGGGAAGAUCCAGGAGGUGCGAAACCACUUUGCUGCUACGUACGAUAUCUCUACGUACCAGAUGCAGAGCAACCUGUGGCCAGGUGCAGGAGGGGGGUCCGGCGGGGGCUGUGUCCUGGGCCCUGACACCAUGUCUUCCUCCUGUAUGAGCCCUUACCCCCAUCCCCACAGCAACCUCCCCUCUGUGGGUUUUAUGGGCAUGCCCCCGUCUUCCAGCCACCCACACCACCCUCACCAUCACCCCCAACACCACCCUGGCAUCAACGGCCUCUACUCCCUCCACAGCUUCCCUGGGGCCCUCGGGGGCCACUCCUUUGAGCCGGGGCCCGAGACAGAGUAUAAGUCAUCCAGUCUGUUGGCCAUGCGGAUGAAGGCUAAGGAACCUGGGAGUCUUCUAUCCAGGCCUACAUGACCACCACAGUGUCAGGGUCAGAUCCCCACUAUGUAUUGACUGAGCUAAUGCAUUCACACACACAUUCAAACUCAAUCUUGUAUACUAGCAACCCGAAGAAUAGUUAUGGCCACACGUAUUUGUGUUCCUGCAUGUUGAAAUGACAGCAGAAGUCAAAACUCUACACGCAUGCACACACACACACACACACACACACACACACACACACACACACACACACACACACACACACACACACACACACACACACACACACACA